CCCUUCACGAACCGAGAACGAGAACUAGGAGACAAAGCGUGCCCUGCAGAAGAAGAAGAAGAAGAAGAAGAAGAAGAAGAAGAUUCCAAGUUUCAAAUGCUGGAAACAUCCAGCGUUGCUCGGCCUUAUUUAGAUACAGAACUAGUUUGCAAGCUGUCACCCAAUUGUCACCGAGGUUUCAAGCGUCAGAGAAGAACACAAAACGCUAGCUGCUCUUUAGCUGAAUCUCAUCAGGUUCGAUAGAAGAGAAUGUCGCCUGCUCUGUCCCUGUCUCUCUCUCACCUCCCUCCGUGCAAGUCCCAGGACGGCAUCCCCAAGGAGAGUCCACAUCCCAGGAUCAGCGCCGCAAGCCAAAACCCUUGUCAGAAAUCGUGUUCCGACGCCAGCGUCGGCAGGAGAAAGCUGCUCGCGACUGUGGCUUCGACGGGUCUGGGGCUAGGGACUUCUUUUCUCAGGCCUGCGAGGGCGGAGCCCCAGAGCCUGAUCGAGUCCGCCUCAAGUAGGAUGUCCUACACCAGGUUCUUGCAGUACCUGGACGAAGGCGCAGUGAGGAAGGUGGACUUGUUCGAGAAUGGGACCAUUGCGAUUGCAGAGAUCUACAACCCCGCCCUUGACAAGGUCCAGAGGGUGAAGGUUCAGCUGCCGGGCCUACCACAGGAGCUGCUCAGGAAGAUGGAGGACAAGAACGUGGACUUCGCAGCUCAUCCUAUGGAGGCCAGCAUGUGGCCAGCGAUCCUCGAUCUGCUGGGGAACUUGGCUUUCCCGUUGAUACUCCUAGGGAGUCUGCUGUUGAGGAGCUCGUCUUGGAACAAUCCCGCAGGACCCAAUUUGCCCUUUGGACUUGAAAGAAGCAAGGCGAAGUUUCAGAUGGAACCAAACACAGGAAUCACAUUUGAUGACGUGGCUGGGGUUGAUGAGGUGAAGCAGGACUUCCAGGAGAUUGUGGAGUUCUUAAGGACGCCGGAGAAGUUUGCAGCCGUGGGAGCAAGGAUCCCAAAAGGAGUUCUUCUAGUGGGGCCACCAGGGACAGGGAAGACCUUGUUGGCCAAGGCGAUCGCAGGAGAAGCUGGGGUCCCUUUCUUUUCGCUGUCUGGGUCAGAGUUCAUCGAGAUGUUUGUCGGUGUAGGCACUUCGAGGGUGCGAGACCUGUUUAACAAGGCGAAGGCGAAUUCGCCUUGCUUGGUCUUCAUUGAUGAGAUUGAUGCUGUUGGGAGGCAGAGAGGAACUGGCAUCGGAGGAGGAAAUGACGAGAGAGAGCAAACACUGAAUCAGUUGCUCACUGAGAUGGACGGUUAUAGUGGGAACAGUGGAGUGAUCGUCAUCGCAGCGACGAAUCGUCCCGAAAUCCUUGAUUCUGCCUUGCUUAGGCCAGGAAGGUUUGAUAGACAGGUAAGUGUUGGACUACCAGAUAUAAGGGGAAGGGAAGAGAUACUGAAGGUACACAGCAAAAAUAAGAAGCUAGAUAAGGAUGUCUCUCUCAGUGUGAUUGCCAUGCGAACACCAGGAUUUAGUGGUGCUGACUUGGCGAAUCUGAUGAACGAGGCCACCAUUCUUGCCGGGAGGAGAGGCAAAGACAAGAUCACGCUGAAGGAGGUUGACGACUCAAUUGACCGCAUUGUGGCUGGAAUGGAAGGAACCAAGAUGGUGGAUGGAAAGAACAAAAUGUUGGUCGCGUAUCACGAAGUCGGCCACGCUAUCUGCGCGACAUUGACGCCAGGACAUGACCCGGUACAGAAAGUCACUCUAAUACCCAGAGGCCAAGCUCGCGGUCUCACGUGGUUUUUGCCUGGUGAAGAUCCUACCCUGAUCUCCAAACAGCAGUUAUUUGCUAGAAUCGUUGGAGGUCUAGGUGGCCGAGCUGCUGAGGAAGUCAUAUUUGGAGAACCAGAAAUCACCACCGGCGCAGCUGGAGACCUGCAACAAAUCACUCAGAUAGCAAGACAGAUGGUAAUAACGUAUGGUAUGUCCAAUAUUGGGCCAUGGGCGUUGAUCGAACCAACAGUGCAAAGCAGUGAUGUUGUCCUGAGGAUGCUAGCUAGGAAUUCCAUGUCAGAGAAGCUCGCGGAGGACAUUGACUCAUCUGUCAAGAACAUCAUUGACAAUGCAUAUGAGAUUGCAAAGGCACAUAUAAGGAACAACCGGGAGGCCAUGGACAAGAUAGUGGAUCUGCUUCUGGAGAAGGAGACGCUUACAGGAGAUGAAUUCAGAGCGAUGCUUUCGGAAUUUACAGAUGUUUCAAUCAACAACACAAAGAGGACUCCUGUUAGGGAGAUGAUUGAGGCCUUGGAAACACAAUCAUAGUUGUACAUAAGCAGAGUGAAAAGAAUUCUAAAUAGGUACUCUGACUAGAGGAUAGUAUAGAUAACAACGUCUAGUUUCUUUAUAUGGAAAAGAGAGUUUUACUGUGUCUUACUAAUAAAUAUUUGAUGGUUUUAUAUGAGAUGGGCUUAAGGCCUGUCCGCCCAAGUUGGGCCCAAAAA